CUAAAUUAUACAGAAGCAAUGUAUAGAAAUCCCAUUUAAAAAUAUAUAUUUAUAGAAGAUAAAAAGCAUUUUCUCACUCUCUCUCUAUCAUUCUUUCCAUUCCUCUGCUAGUUCCUUCAUCCAUUCUUCCCUUCUCAGUUUUGGGAAUUGCUUCCCUCUUCCAGCAUUUGAAUCCAAUAAUUUUCCUUCAUUUUUUCCUUCCCACGACUUUCAUCAUUCUCCCCUCAAAAAUAUUUAACUCAUGACUUCCUUUUCCUUAAAACUCGUAAACCUGCCCCAUGUUUCUUCUUUCCUUUUUCAAUUCAGUCAGUAAAUCCAUUUUUCUUCUUUCACCUUUUUGAAGCUCAAAAAUGUGGGGUUUUUCCCUUUUUUUUCUGACACGCCUUUUUCAUCCUUCCAACAAUUCCUAAAUCUUCCGCUCAUCCCCUCUCCUGUCAAUCUUUUCAUCCUUUUGAACUGCUUCAGCCUGAAUCAUCUUUUCUAUCUUUGUCUCUCUGCACACACACACACACACACUCCCUCCUCGAAUUCCUAAAUCCAUCCCUCUUCCUCUAUCUGCCCCUCAGCUUCCCACUCCCUUUAGUUCCUCCAUCCCAGUUUCUCACAUCCCUAAAUCUUCGCCUCUCUAGCAGGGAUCACACACUCACACACAGACACACUCACACACAUAUGUUAUGGCUGAUUAGGCUGGCAGAACCACAGGGCAGUCAGCCCAUUGGAGGAGAUGAUGGAGGGAUGAAUGGAGAGUGUGAGGGAGAAAAGAAGGAGAGGAGUGAAGGAGGUGGAUACUGAGAGAGAGAGGAUGGAUGGAAGAAAGAAUGAUGAUUGAUGGAUAGGAGAAUGGCAGAAGGUGGCAAUCUAAUUUUUUCCUCCUUUUUCUAGAUGAAGAAAACUGGCUGUUUUCAUUAGAAAACAAUCACCCUGCUCCUAUACAGCGCAGUGGACGAUUGCACGAUUGCACGACCCCUAUACUUUGCUACGCGUGCUCGCGCGCGCGCGGCUGCGUGCAGAUGUGAAUAGGGGGUUGAAGUCGUUAUCCGGCAGAGGGCGGAGUGAGAGAGUGCGAGAGAGAAAGUGAGGAGUGGGGAAGCAGAAGCUGCAGAGGGCUGGAGCUGCGGAAAGGAGCGGAGCGGAGAUGGGCUGCAGCGGAUGCCGGGCGGGCCUACGUGCAGCCUGAGUGCGGGUAUGAGAGGCGGGAGUCGGGGGUCCUCCGGUUGACUGAACAGGAAGGUUUAUAUCAGAACGAGUCUGACAGAAUAGUCUGGUGUCCGGUGCGCGCCCACAUACACACACAUCCGCACACACUCAGGCACACGUCUUAAGAACAGCGGGAGAUGCAUUACGUCAUAGCCUCCCGUCGCCCUAGAUGACCGCGCGCGCAGGACGGGAUGAUGCAGGGCUGCUGGACUAGAACGGGAACGGAUUCCGCUGCUGCUGCUGCUCGCGAGCGCCCGGUGGCGGUGUCUCGACCUGACGAGGAAGAAGGGGAGCCGCCGUCGCGCGGCCGCCGGCUCUGAUGGCUCCUCGCGCCCCGGGCGGGAAAGAGACACAGCAGUCGCCGCGGCGCGAGAGGGAAGGGGGCAGCAGGUAUCUGGGAAGUGACGUGGUAUCCGCGCCCCGCGAGAAAGCAUCACGGUGCGGUUGUCGUGCUUUUCGCAGGAGGGCAGGAGCGGGAAGGGGAACAUGGCCGCGCAGUCGGACGGCAAAGCCGGGGUCGGGUGCGGCGGCGGUGGUUUCGCCCAGCUGUAUGAUGUUGACGCCGAGGAGCCACUGGACUCUGCUGCGAUCCACAUCUGUCAGUGCUGCCGCUCCUCCGCCUGCUACUGGGGCUGCCGCUCAGCCUGCCUCGGCUCUCUGCUCGGUGGGGGCCAGCCUGCCGGAGGGGUCGGCAUCCGGGAGACUCACUGUCCGCCCCGUGAGCAGCUGUGGCUGGACUGCCUCUGGAUCGUCCUCGCCCUCCUCGUCUUCUUCUGGGACGUUGGCACGGACCUUUGCUUGGCUGUGGACUACUACCAGAGGCAGGACUACCUCUGGUUCGGCCUCACUCUCUUCUUCGUGCUGGUACCGUCGGUGCUAGUCCAGAUUCUGAGUUUCCGCUGGUUCGUGCAGGACUACACCGGCGGGGGGCUCGGGGAGGUGGAGGGGCUGACCAAGCGGGGAGCGGUGGCUCUGGGGUGCCUGUACCCCGGCAGGGACCGCCUGCAGCUGGCCACCAUCUGGCUGUGGCAGGCCACCAUACACAUCCUCCAGCUGGGACAAGUGUGGAGGUACAUCAGAACGCUGUAUCUGGGCGUCAUGUCGCGGCGGCAGAAGGAGCACCAGCGACGCUGGUACUGGGCCAUGAUGUUUGAGUACGCAGACGUCAACAUGCUGCGGCUGCUGGAGACCUUCCUGGAGUCUGCACCUCAGCUGGUCCUGCAGCUCUGCAUCAUGAUCCAGGAGAACCGCGCCGAGACGCUGCAGUGCAUCUCCUCCCUGGCCUCCCUCCUGUCUCUCGCCUGGGUUCUGGCCUCCUACCACAAACUCCUGAGGGAUUCUCGUGACGACCAGCGCAGCAUGAGCUACCGCGGGGCGCUGCUGCACCUCUUCUGGCGCCUCUUCACCAUCUCGUCUCGUGUCCUCUCGCUCGCCCUCUUCGCCUCCCUCUUCCACAUCUACUUUGGCAUCUUCGUGGUGAUUCACUGGUGCGCCAUGGCCUUCUGGGUGGUGCACGGAGGCACCGACUUCUGCAUGUCCAAAUGGGAGGAGGUGCUCUUCAACAUGGUGGUUGGUAUCGUCUACAUCUUCUGCUGGUUUAACGUGAAGGAGGGCCGGACGCGGUACAGAAUGGUGACCUACUACAUCGUGGUGUUGGCUGAGAACACAAUCCUCACUGGGCUGUGGUAUGCCUACAGGGACCCAGUGUUGACCGACUCCUACGCCGUCCCAGCACUGUGCAGUGUCUACCUGACGUUCGCCGGGGGCGUCCUGGUCAUGCUGCUGUACUACGGCUUCCUGCACCCUGCCACCGCCCACCUCCAGCCGAGCCCCGCCUCGUCCUGCUGCGCCCAGCUGCUCUGGGGUCUCCCCCUACCCCCGUCCGCCCCGCCGACCGCCCCGCCCACCCCAGCUCACAUGAGCAAGUCAAUGACGGAAGAGGAUGUGGCCGAGACGUGUCUUCCGGUCUUCCAGGUGAGGUCUGCGCCCCCCACCACCAAGCCUGAGGGCCCGCUUAUAAAGAUCGACAUGCCCAGGAAGCGUUACCCGGCAUGGGACGCCCACUACGUAGACAGGCGACUGCGGAGGACUAUAAAUAUCCUGCAGUACAUAACGCCAGCCGCCGUGGGCAUCCGCUACCGUGAUGGACCCCUACUGUAUGAACUGUUGCAGUACGAGUCCUCACUCUGACACACACACACACACACAAACACACACACACACACACACACACACACACACACACACACACACACACACACACACACACAUCAGUACACAUAAGCACAUGUGCCACCAUUAAAAAAUAAAAAAAUAGUAUCUAUCCAUGGAUGUUCAGAUUUAGAGAAGAUUUAGAAACACAUCCACACACACACAACGUCGCACUUGGUAUAAGCACACAUACAAAAGCAAUCUGUCACACUUAAAUGCACACACGGCCACAAGCACACACACUCACAAGCACACACGCACGCACAUUCCUUGCGGGUACCUGCGACCUGCGAGUCCCAUGGCCAUGACUCAACAAGCUGCUUCAGCGCGAGUCCAUCUCUCUCUCUCUCUUUAUCCCUCCGUCUCUCUAUCUCCAACUCCUCUACUCGCUCUUCAUCUGGUCUCACUUCUUUUCUUUCACACGCCCGUGCUCCGCUGUGAAGAAAAAACAAACAAACAAAUAAAAAAUAAAAAAAACCUGAUAAUUGAGCGCAGUUCGACCACCGCAUGCUGUUUACGUUGUGUCGCUCACACACGGGUUUCAGUAGAAUAAAAAGAUGUGACAAAGAAAGACCAAACGUCACUUUUAAUAAAAGGAGUUUGUGAACAUGUUGUCGUUAGUGUAGUCAAAAGGUAGUGUAUAUAUUUUGUAUGUACAGAGGGGAUGUUUUUUAUGUACCGUUAAGUUGUUGCCGACUGGGGACAAAGCAGCUGGACGCAUCGGUUUUUGAGGUUGGUUGACGAGGUUAGCAGGAGGAGUAGCAGAGCAUGAUGGGAAAGAUGGAGACAGAGAGGGUUAUUAGCAUCUGAUGCACGAUCAAUUAAAAACUUCAAUCAAAGCUACGAUUAGCUCUUAAAGGAAUAGUUUGACAUUUUGUUGCUGUCUCUAUGCUAACUAUGAAGCUAAGUAGCUCAGUUUAGCAUAAAAAGUUAAAGAAGGGAAACAGCUAGCACGGCUAUGUUUGAAGUUAAAGAAAUCUCCCUACCAGAACAUUUAAAGCUCAUUAAUUAACAUACUGCAUCUGGUGUGUUAAAUCUGUAAAUAUACAGUAAUAUAUAAAUGACAAGCUGUGGGUUUAUGGGGAGUGUCAUGCUGUGACUAUGUCUUGGCAAGCUACACUGACUCCCUGGAGUCUCUGCCGACCAAGAAAUAGCUACAGUAAAUAGCCACAAAUUUAGAGGCACUGGUAGGCGGGUUUUUACACAUUGAGCUACAGCCAGGUUAGCUGUUACCCCCUGCUUUCCGUCGUUAUGCUAAUCUGUGCUAAUUGUCUUCCUGCUGUAGCUUCAUACUUAGGAAACCGACAAAGGUGUGGUGACAGUGUUCUCAUCUAACUCUCAGCCAGAAAGCUAAUUAGCACGUUUCCCACAAGCUAUUGCGUAGAGGAUGCUAACACUUAGGCAUACACCGUGUUAAGCGACCAUUAGCAACAUCAGCGCUAAAUUGAGAUAAAAAUGACAAGUAUUAAUAGCUCAAAAUAAGACACUAGGUCACAUACAUAAAAAAAAAAUCUUUUCAUCAACACUUACUCAACACCUUGUAUGCUAAGGUGUUAGCAUUGGAGAUAUACUGAUUUGUCAAUGUGCCCAUCUCCCCAAAACUUACCCCACAGAUGUACCCAAACGUCUGAAGUAUUUAAAGUAGGCUAUUACACUUUAUAACACCCUUAAAAGCAAACAAGAUGUUACAGUAAAACCAACAGUAUAAAAGAUUUUACAGUGCCUACAGGAAGAGACAGACAGAAAGCAGAAGAUGCCUAUCACACUGUUGGGGUCAAACAGUUGUUCUCCAUCAUUUCCUGUUAUGCUUAGAGGCGUCGUGGGAGGUUAAAUUUUCUUUACUUAUUCCAUCAACAGUUGUUAAUGUUUAAAAAAAAAACCCAGUGGUGUCGGUUCACCUGGUUAGACAACAACAACAAAAAAAAAAAGAAGAGAAAUCGCCUCCAAAUAAUCAACAGAAAGAGCAAAUGCAGGACUAAUUAUUUUUGAUCUCUGUCUACUACAUUUUUCCGUGUGUGAUGUCUGAAUCAUGUCAGUCCCACGCUAACAGGGUGCUGCCAAUGAAACUGAUAUAAAACAGUUUUAUACUUCAAUCGUCACAACACUCCCGAUGACUUGUCUUCUCCUGUGCUGUGUCCAGUAUCAACUCCUCCAAAGCCACCCACGGCUGAGCUGUGAUGUAUGGCUCAUUAUUUAUUUUUUUGUUUGUUUAUCCCUCUAAUCCAAGCUGUUACAUUGGCAGGCGACAACAAAUGAGCCGAGAUAUCAGUCAUCAGCUCGUCAACAGGAAUGCUGCCCCUGAAAUCUCGCACCGUUAAUGGGGCCGCCCUCGACACCACGUGGUGGCGAGUAAAAACAAGCGUUUGGAAAGGCGGUGAAAGAGCUUGUGCCAACGCUCCACACCUUUUCUCCAGUCUCAUGUCAGCGGUAGAGCAGGUGAAACCCGGCCAUGAGCCAUUUCAGAUGGUGCAGUUAGUAAAGACGAACACAAAAACACACACAUGCUUCUUAUCGCUGCUGUCCAAGAGGAUCGAGCAGGUGAAAGAGAAGGAAUUCAAGAGUGAAUAAAUAGUGUUAACAGGGGUACUUUGACAUAUUUUUGGAGUCUCUUCUUUUAUUCUCGUCCAGAUGGGUCAAAUUGUCGACACAUUUAUCUGUUAGCGGACGCCAAGUUGACAGCAGGCUUAUAAUAACUUGAUUGGUCAACUGACAGAAACCAAUUAAAGUGAUUAUAUCAUAAAUCAAACUCUCAAGUAUGAGGACUUUCUGACUUUGAAGGAGCAGUUAGACAAAAUACACAAUUUUAAGAUCUCACCUUUAAAUUGUGAUCUGGAAUUGUACUGGGCAUUUUUCUCCUUUGGUUCCCAAAGCUUUUGGCAGGUGACCCCUUGAUAUGGAGCAGCUUCUCCUUGCGACACCUGCUGAGAUAAAAAUUAUUCAGUAAUUGAGAAGAAUAAAAGAACAUUUUCUGCUUUCCAAUCCUGAUAAUCAACUUGUGACCCCUAAGAUUUACCUGAUGACCCUUAGUGGUGGUCCAGAUCCCCAGUUUGGGAACCACCACUAUAGACUUAACAGUUAAAAUAAGAAAUGACAACAGAUUAGCUGAUAAUAAACUUAAUCAUCAUUUUUCAUCACAAUGUGUCAAAUAAAAAAUAAAAAAAAAAGAUCGACACCUAAAAUGUUGAAGUAUCCUUUUAAGUUUGAACAAUGUGAACCAGGAGCAAGCUUACAUUACUUUUCCGUGGUGCUAGUUGAUUUAAAAAAAAAAAAAAAAAAAGUUAAAUCACUUCAUUUGCUGCAACAGGCAAAUUCAGUAGGUGCAAACGCGCAACAGAAGCAGCAGCAUCGUUGUUCAUAUGGUGCAGCACACUCAAGCUAUAGAGUCAAUUGGCUGCUAAUCCCACUUCAUAUGGUGCAAAAAUCAAACACACAUGUACUUAUGGUGCAAUAAGGGCAGAUUGUCUCUUUGAAUUCUAUGGUGCAACUUGAGUACUGCCUUCAGUUAUCAGCCAAGGCUGUGCCAAAGGCUCCGUCCAAACGGACAACUGCUCUUCCUGCAGAUGCUAUGCAAGUCUCCGAUGCAGGGAGAUGUGCUUAGUGUACAUGCUCACAACACACACACACAUACAUACAUACACACACACACAUACACACACACAGGGUUUUUCUUCUGCAGCAGGGAGAUAUGCUUAGUACACACAUGCAGACACACAGUCAAAAGUAGUAUAACAACAUGGGAUGUGUCCCUACCUCACCGCUUGAACACACACACACAAACACACUCACACACUAAUGUCCAAUAAUCCCUUACCCCUUUAUAAUUUGGGAACAAUAUUCAUAUGGUGCUAUUGAGUAAAGCUGGGUGGUUUUUGUAUAGUUGUGGUUACAGUGGUGUGAAGAAUUUAGCCAAAUAUGUUUAGAAAUCACGUUCAGAUUGAUUGAAUAACGACAUUCAAUCAAUCUGACUCCUCACACAGAGAGUGUACAUAAAAACAGCAACACCUUCUGUCUUUGUCAAACUGAGUGACACAUAAAAAGCAACAAUGCCUUAACCACUCGACAGAAGUGGAGGUGGAUUUUUUUUUUUUUUUAAAGAUAUCUGAGUCAUGGUUAUGAGCAAAAACAAAACAAAACAAACAACAAAAAAAAAAAACAUUUGGAAGGUGGUGCUUCUUUUUUGGUACACUCUAAUCUGGACGUGCACUGUACAUUAAGUGUGGGUUCAGCGUGUCAGAGCACAGAAAUCAAAGGGAAAACAGCAUACUAUGUUAGCACGUUGUCUGAAAAAAAAACAAAUAUGUGCCAUUUAGAGAACACAGUCAAGCAUUUUGUGUUAGUUUCACAGCUCGUGCUCGUGAAUUUCUUGCAUGAAUGUUCUAGAGUUGUGGACACACGUGCUCCGGGGAACAUAAAAGGUUACUACGGAGAUGUAAAGGUUUGAAGAGUCACAGUUUCCUACGUGCUUCUGGGUUGUUAAAGGGAGAUCUAUGUUGAGCUGUCCCACUAGCUUUCCCCCAGCACUGACCUCUGACCUUUUUCACCCAAACCCACAGCCCCUUUGCACCCAGAGCUCCAGCCAAUCAGAGAUCAGGUUUAACACAUCCAAAUCAGGUCUGACACAACCAAAAAGUAACAGUUCUUUCUCUAUAAGCAUUCAUGUGUGGCAUUCAGACUCGACUGUGGCGUCAUAAUCAAACUGCAGGUAUCAUAUCUUGGUUUUAUUUUAAUUAUUAUUAUUACCCAGUAGUGAAAAAUCCAUAGAUCCACACCCAGUCUACAGUUGAGUCUGCACGCUACAAAUGAAAAUCUUUUUUCCUUCACCCAAAAAAACCAGAGCCUUAGCCCGGCCCACUCUGUAGGAAACUCAAAUACAGGCAGUAUUAUUGUAUGGCUACACAUCCACAGCUAUGCAAGUUUGCAGGCAGAAAAGUUCUGGGCUUGGAAAAAAAUCAAAAAAAAAAAAAUCACUGUACUCAUGUAUUGCUUGAUUUUAUCAUUAUUUUUUGCCUUUUUGUGUUAGUUUACAAUGACAAGGUGCAGAAAGCAGAAAACAUAAAGUGUUAAUGUGCAACAAUGCAAACGUGAUGUACCAUUUGUUUACAUUUUUCAAAACUUUUUGCAUUUGUUUGUGAUGAUUUGUAAUUUUUAUGCACUUAAUUUUACGUUUUUCUCGAUCACAUUUAUCUGUUGAUAGGUAAAAGUAUUAUUAGUCUGGCGUGGAAAAAAAAAACAGUGUAAUGCACCUUUAUCUUGGGAAUUACCACAAUGGAUGCAACCUCCCGACUGAGGAAUGUGCAUCUGAUUGUGAAAAUCAAAACCAGAAACUUUUUGUUCUUUUUUUUUCUUUGGAAAAACACAUAAAUGUUCCACUAUCAGGGUCUGCAAAGCAUAUGAGGCCUGUGGUUAGGCUGUGUGUGUAUGUGUGUGUGAGCAUGUGUGAUGUGUGUAUGUGCGAGUGCAAGCUACCGUAUGUGUCAGUAAUGCUUCAUAUGCUUUUUUAGCCAAAGUUUUACUUGCUUGGUCCAGAGCUGUGAAAGUAUCAUUACUCAUUGUGGUUUUUGUAGAACUCCAGGCCAGACGCUAAGCUGUUUCUGAUCUCAGACCAGUUUCUACCAGAUUUGAGUUCAACUACAAUUGAAAUCCUUUCCUUUACGAACUGAGAGGUUCAGUUGUUUUGGCACAAAUACACAAAUUCUAUCAUAGAAAAUGAUUCGGAAGGAUGUCAGUGGUUUGACUCAGGUCUGGAUACUAUAAGCACAGGGCAGGGUCAAACUAAACUUUAACGUGGAUGUACCUAUAAGAUGUACCAUGAGUUUUUAUUUUGUCAAGGUCAUGCUUUUCUACUAUGUUCUUCAGCUUGGAAAAAAAAAGUAGCUCUAGAGAUUUCGAUGUGCUAAAGUAGCUUUUAAUUUCGGUGGUUGGCAUUUUGAUUGUAAAUACCUUUUUCUGGUAAUCCUCCUCAGUUGGAUCUAUGUUCGAUGAGUUCGCUUAGAUGGCUCUUUCAAAUGUACUGAUAGUAAAUGUUCUUUAUAAAUAUCCAGAAUGUAAGAUGACAGAAGAAAAAUACGGCUUGACUGGAAACUGUGUUUUCGUAGGAGUCUGUGCCAUCGUGUUGUCUUGAGUAUAAGCACACUGAUAUUAGAUCUGUAGGCAGGGUGAAGUUUUUGGAGGUGAUCUGCCAGACAGCCAUAAUCCACCUGUGGUUCUGUUUUCUGAAAAAAAAAAGAAGAAAAGUAAAAAUAGAUGAUUAAUGGAUUCAGAUUCAGUUAACAGGUACCUCACAUUCCUGCUAAAAACGAAUCAUUUGUAGUUGCACUGUAAAGAAAUAACAUGUCAAGCAAUGAUUGAUAAAAAAAAAAAAAAAAAAAAGGAUUUUUACAAUUUUAACCCUGUAUAUUCUGUGUUAAACGUUUGUUUAUUAAUCCAAGUGAAAAAAAAUGCCAUUGGCAAGAGAUAAGUGCCCAAGAAUUAAUGUUUACCUAUGUCUGUUACGUUUAGCUUAAAGAAGCAGAGGUUAAAGCUAGCGAGCUAGCUAGGUAGCUUUGUCGGGUCAAGAAAUUGUAUUUUCAGUACAUUUAAAUUCCCAAAAAACUUGUGGUUUUACAUUUCUGUUUAUGUAUGGAUUGAACAAACACGAAAAAACAUUAAUAAGUCAUAUUUAGAGUUUGUGGUAGGCGGACUUUAUUUUUAUUUUGGUCAGAGCCAGGCUAGCAGUUGUCAUUAGCAUUAGCUUAGAGUAAAGACCGGAAACGGGGGGUAAACAGCCAGUCUCUCUGACCAAAGUUUAAAAAUAACCACCUACCAGCAUUUCUGAAACCCCCAAACUAACAUGUUAUAUGUCAUUAGUGACACCCGUUAUAAAAUAGAGGAGCUAGGCUAGCUAUUUUCCAUGGCGUCCAAGCUAAGCUAUGCUAACCUUUUCCUGGCUGCUUCAUAUUUCGUAUCAGUUUUCUAAACACUUGGCGGGAAAGUGAAUACAUAUAUUUAACAAAAUGUCUAACUAAUAUAGGAAAAAGGCAAUUCAAGAUUCAUAAAUUAAUUAAAAUGGGUAUUUUGAUGUCUAAAUAUGAUUGAGUAGCUCGAUAAGAUAGUCUAGCUACUUGCUAAUGAACACUUCAACAUAUUAUAAGCACAUAUUUCAAACUGAAGGGUAAAAAAAUGAUUAUUGAGGAACAAAACGAGUCACCUACAGUUUUUGUCUUGGUGAGAGAAGUGGCUGUCUGGCUAACAUCUCCCGACUUCACUGUAGAAAUGAUGGCUGUUGUCAUCAACCGUGUUUAAGCCACAUCCGGCGUCAGCUCAUAAUAAAGAAAUUAAAAAAAACACCAUUCGAGGAAAUCUUCCGGUCUUCGGAGGAAUUCCCGAAUUCACACCGAAUGUUUCCGAACAACAACAACAAACACGAGAGAAACGAGAAGACACGUGCUGUUAUCUCCGGUUUGUCUGUGUAUUCUGUGUCUACGAUAGUGUAAAAGCAUUCUGGGGAAGAGUUGAAUGAUAUUUUCAAUGGCUCUAGGUGGCCAGCGUUAGGAAAUAUGUUAUUUUUGUUACAAUACCUCCUGAAAAAUAAAGUCUAUUUAUCUGUGAAGAGACAAAGAUUUACAAUAAUACAGAUGACUACAUAGAAAAUUAUGACAGAUUUUAAAUGAUGUAAAACAGAUAUAAAUGAAAACAUGUACAGUUCAUUUGGUUUUGAACAUGAUACAGAAAUGUAUAUGCGUCAGUAUUGAGUUUGAUUUUAUAUAUUUACCAUUUUAUUACAUUGUAACGUUGUGACUGCGAUGGAGAAAACAAAACAAACAAAAAAAAAAAUAUAAAGGAAUAUAAAUUAAUUUUUCCAAAUGUGUGUCGCUCUUCCUUUCCAUUUCAGGUGUUUUUACAUUCCUUUGAAUAACAACGUAAAAUGUAUGAUUUUUCAUUAUAUUUAUUCUUGUUGAAAAUCUCUGUACAGGCCAGACAGGAACUGCAAUGUACAAAAAGCUUCUUCUUUUUUUUUUUUUUUUACACCUUUCAAAACUGGAAAACAGAAAAUUUAAAGAACAAACAAAUUAUAAAUAUUAGGAUGAGACCACCCUUUCGAGAAUAGUAGCCUCUAUGCUGUGUUUUCCAUCAGAUUUGUCACUCGCUUUAUGGCACAAAACUUUCCAGUUUUUUUCACUGCUCUCACCUGAAGCAAUUAUGUUCAAGGCAAAUGGUUUUAAUGUUUUGAAUUUUGACAAAUACCGACAAUGCCAAUUAGAAGGAGUCCAGGGUCCAUCGUUUGUUUAUGGUGAUUAUAUGAAGUAAUUGAUGUUUAAAAAAUUGCUACAGGUAGAACCAAGAAUAUAACAAUAUAUUUCCUCUUUUCUGGUUUCAGCAGAAAGAGGCACAGACAUGAACGGUGUUUACGUAUCACUAGAUAUAUGGUUGAAGAAGCCUGUGAUAUCCUGUAGUGUGGCUAUUGUCCACAAAUCCAAUUAAAAGACCAAAACCAACAAUGUGUGUAGUCUCUUAGCUCAACAUCUAUUGGU